CUACAGAAUUUCGCUCGCUGUUUUUUUGUAAAAUUUGACGAAAUUUGUAAAGAAAGAAAUUUUAAACUCACGCGUUUAUUUUGUAUUGAUUUUUACAGCAAACCUAACGAUUUUUACACAUUUUGAAACCGAAAGCGCUCAAUAAAACUUAACGAAGAUGCUGCGUAUACCGGGAAUGCCGUUUUUGCCAGGCACCACCUUUCGGGAUCUAUCUCGCACGAACUUCCCCAAGCCGCAGAGCCUUAUGAAUUKCCAGGGYAUAAGCAUGUUGAACGAUCGCCAACCACCCGCCAUGGUGGACGUUGGCGGUAUGUGCAUCGACAUCAACUGCCCACCGACAGCCACACCAUCACUAUAUCCGCCAAAGACKGGACCCCGACUGCCACCAUGGAUUGCUUACGAUAAGAAAGUAUUGGGUUUCGAUGCGUUCUUUAAGGAGACGCUACACGAAGUCUACAAUGCGCCCUAUCAAGUGCGUAAAGUGAAGAUUAUGUAUUAUCUGGAAGAUGGCACCAUGCAAAUCACUGAACCGAAAGUGGACAACUCUGGCAUACCGCAAGGCUGUYUGGUGCAUCGUCAACGUAUACCGAAACCACCACCGUGCCAAAAUGAAUUCAUCUCGAUAUUGGACCUUAAYGUCGAUACGAGCAUACAGAUAUUCGAUCGCAUUUAUCAUAUUACAAAUUGUGACCUUUUUACGCGACAUUUCCUAAAUCGUUCGGGUAUAGCCGUACCAGAUCCCGUCGAUAUGCCAGUUGAUCCCACAACAGAAAUGCGUAAACGGUCGGCAAGAAAGAUCCAUAAUCAACCACCAAAAAAGCAUUCAUUCGCACAAUUUUUGGCGUUCGAUCGGAAAGUGCUGAAAUUCCACGGCUACUGGGAUGAUCGUUCGGAGUUCGGCGAUGUGCGUCGCUUGGAAAUAUGCUAUUAUUURGCUGAUGAUACAAUGGAUAUAAAAGAAAUUUUUCCACGGAACUCAGGGCGUGAAGGUCCAUCGCUCUUCCUGAAAAGGGGCAAACUGCCAAGGGAAUUCAAUGGACUUCCACUACCUGGGCAAGAGACUCCGCAAACGUUGUUGAAUGUGCUCGGCACGAGCAUGCGAAAUGUACGCUACACCAUUGAUCCACUGAACAUCGGCGAAAAAGAGGUGCUCUACUAUGCCGAUCGUGAUCUACAAAUCGGUACUGUGCUAAACGUCUACGGACGUGCCGUUGUGCUCACGGAUUGCGAUGAAUACACACAAGAGUAUUAUAGAAAACGGUACGGUAUUGAGAACUUUACUGCGGCACCGAUACCGUCACGUGGAGACGAUUGUGCGCCGAUUAAACAAAAAGAACGCAUACUGCCACCAUAUAAUGGCUGGGGUUCAUAUGAGGAUUCUGAGGGCAAUUGCAUUUCAGUUGAGCCCAAGCCGCCGCAGACUGACUUUAAGAAAUUCAUCAAACUUGAUCGCUACGUGCUGCGGUUCGGCGCGAAACUGUUAUCGACCAUACGUGAGAAUUGUGAACGCAUUUUCAUCAUUUCGUAUUACCUAUCCGAUGAUACCAUACAAAUCUUUGAGAUUGCCGAACGGAAUUCCGGUUUCUUGGGCGGCGAAUUUAUGAAACGUACACGCAUACCACUGCCGGGCCAAGAGAAGUUCACCUCGAAGCGCCCACAAUACUAUCAGCCAUAUAAUUUUUAUAUUGGCGCCACAAUGAGCCUCAAAGAUCACAUCUUUCACAUUGUUUCCGCUGACGAGUAUACACUUAUUUACAUGGAGCAUCAUCCAUAUGAGUAUCCAAUGGCCGAUAUUAAGUCAAUUAUGCUGAAAAUACGCGAUGCGGCGAAGUCAGAUUAUAAGGGCUUCAUUUGUCGUUGCUUGCCGGACGGCGCUGAAUCCGUUAAGGAUGUGCAAUUCAUUGGUUUCGAUUCGCUUAAGCGCGCACUUAUCAAUCUUUUGGCUGACAACAUCACGAAUCAUGAAAUCAUUACGGUGUGUCGCUACUUCUCAGCCGAAAAAGCRCCGCCACAGGCAUGCAAUCGGGAGACGGUACGUGCUGCGGUGCACUUGGAGUUGAAGCGUUCACUAUGGAAUGCAAUGGACGAGUUGAAGGAACAUUUACACCACAUAAAUCCGCUGAACAAACCCUUCCUAUCCGAGGCGAAAUUGCGCUCAACAAUGAAGGGUUGCCGCCUGCCAUUCAUACCGGAACUAAUUGAUGAUCUACUCAGCGUAUUAAAUCACAAUGACUGCGGUGAGGUUGAGGUCUGCGAUUUCCUGAACUUCAUCGAUAUGGGUUGCGGCAAAGUGCCCGACAUAGCGCCAAUGAAUAUCAAUUUCGAACUAUGUCCUAAGAUACCAUUCCUACAUAAGGGACGUUUGGUAAAUAUCAGCUGUUUCCUGCAAUACUUGGGUUUGGAUGAGGAGGCAAAACCAAAGGAGGAACUGCCGAGUUAAGUUACUAGACGCUUAGACUUAAUAAAGAUGAGUAGGGUUCAUGGGGCAUGCAUAGACGUGGCUAGUAUCAUGCGGAGACUCAUUGCACACUGGAGAUACGUUUGAUCUGUCAGAGUCUAUUCUUUAUAAAUAAGAAAUCUGCUACAGUAUCCAGAACGAAGCUGCGCCAUGGUCACUCUUGUUGCUCGCGACAACUCGAGCUUUUCGUCUGCAUUGGAUGAUGGUUUGACUCCAAAUAUGCCAUUCACUGGGAGGGAGUCGGUGAAGAUGUUAAUGGCUCCACUGUGAAUGGUGGUCAAUGCUUGUCGGAAGUUAGUUUCGUCCGAAGUCUGGUCGGUGUAUUGUUUUACGUCAUCGACGUAGGAAGCUCCUAGGAAGCAUCCCGUCGUAGUCCGGAAUGCAGUGUUCUCAUGAGUUUGCAGCUCGUCUUAGUUUCACAGCAUGCCGGCGACCAUAUUACUGCAGCGUAGUUAAGAACCAGCCGAACGAUUGCCUUGUAUGUUGCCAACAACUUUUAGUUCUCCUUUUCCCACGUACUGCCGUCUAGCGACUUAAGAUUUUUUUGCGGCUGUGUACUUUGGCGAUAACAGCGGUCGUUUGAGGAGUGCAGGAGGACAGGCAGUCGAAGAUCAGUCGAAAUCUUAACGGCAUCGACUGCAAUAUUAAGGUCAAGUCUGUACUCCUUCGUUCAAUUCAUGAAUAUGAUCGUGGUGAUAGAAAUUCUCUCUGAUUGAUGCGGGAGUUUACAGAUGUAGAAGUUAAACAGCAACGAGGAGCAACUGUGUAGGGUAUUACAGCCUCGUUGCAGUCGAAAUUAACAUUUUUUCUUGUUUUGAAUGCGUAUC